ACAGGAGCCCAUGCCUAAUGCUGUUUUCUACUACGAUCCUAUCGUACCACAACCACCAGUGAUGGGCGGGGGCUUGGAGGUACCACUGCUACCUGAGAUCACCAUGAAGUCCCUUCCGUUAGCAGCAGAGCCGCUUGUCAUUGAACCGAAACCGGCAGUGCCAUUUGUUGGCGUUAACAUCAAUAAGGAGAAGAAAGACGCUCCAGCUGUGAAGCCUGGACCGAAGCCUGUCGAAAAGCCAGCGGAGAGCAGCGAUGAGAGCAGCGAUGAGAGCUCUUCCAGUAGCUCAGACUGGAGCUUAGAGCCUGGUGAAGUGGUCACAGCGCAAGUCGUGAAAACGAAGGUGGAGCCACCAGCUGCCAAGCCACUAUCUGCCAAGCCACCAUCUGCCAAGCCACCAGCUGCCAAGCCACCAGCUGCCAAGCCACCAGCAGCUAAGGCACCAGCAGCUAAGGCACCAGCAGCUAAGGCACCAGCAGCUAAGCCACCAGCGGCCAAGGCACAAGCUUCCUCUUCGUCUUCCUCAUCUUCCGAGAGGUCUGACACUGACAGUGAUGAUAGCCCACCGCCAGCUAAAAACAAAACAGCAACAAAAGAGAAGGAAGCGAGUGGCAAGACAUCUAAGAAAUUGAAGAAAAGCCUAUCCCAGGAGGAUGUCAUUUGCUUGGGCACUCUGAAGCGACACUACACCAUAACCGAUACCGAUGAGGAGAGCAGCGAGGCGGGCGAGGACGAGGAUGAGCAGCAGAAAUCCAGCAAAAGUAAAACCAAGAAAAAACCCGACAAUCGCUGUGGAAUUUGCGACAAGAAGAUGAUCUGCAUUAACUGCUCGGCCCAGUAUCAUAGCCUCAAGGACUGUCCAAAGCCACCGAACAUGAACGUUGCUCCGCAGUCAUAUUUCGAGCAGAUGGCCAUGCAGCAGAUGGCCAUGCAGCAAAUGGCCAUGCAGCAGAUGGCCAUGUUCAAUGUGGAGCAGCAACGUUUUGCCGUGCCAGCACUGUCAACCGCCACACUCUCGUCCGCUCCUGGCAAGUCGAAGAAGGAGAAAAAGACUCCCAAGAAGACCAAGAAAACGCCACAGAAGAAAAUGAAGCACGACGAUGAGGAGGCAGGCGACGACGAUGAGAAGGCAGGCGACGGCGAUGGCGAAGAUUCUGAACCAUCCAGUGAUGAAGCAGCACCCGUCUCGAAGCAAAAGCAAAAGCGAAAGCGGAAUACAAAGCAGACAAAUCCGCAGGCUGCCACAAAUUUACCACCACAAGCGUUACCAUUUCCCAUGAUGACUGCGAGCGCACCUUACAGCUCCAUGAUGUAUCCAUGUGGCUUUCCCUUUAGCUUUCCUAAACAAUAA